CGUCUGAUGAUCAAGGCAUAAAUACAACAAGACGCAAUGACGAGGAAAACACUUGGUGAUAUCACAGCUGUGGAGAACAUGCUACCCAUGUAUCUUUUGCUGCCAACAGCUUUCAUAGCACUGCUGGUCCUGCGUUAUUUGAUGCGGCUGUUGUUACCAAGGCCUCAAGUAACCGACUUUUACAGCAAGUAUGUCCUCAUCACCGGCUGUGAUUCAGGUUUUGGGAAAAUGACCGCAAUUCGCUUGGAUCGGUUAGGAUUCCGCGUUAUUGCUGCUUGUUUGACAGACCAAGGCAAAGAAAACAUCAAGAAAAUUUGCAGUGAUCGAUUGGUUAGCAUUAAUCUAGAUGUAACUAACUCGAAACAGAUCCACGAAGUGUUUGCCAAAGUCAAACAUCUUGUGUCAGAAAAAGGAAUAUGGGCAUUGGUCAAUAAUGCAGGCAUCAUAACUAAUGGCCCAAUAGAGUGGUUUAAAAUGGAAGACUUCAAACGAAUGGCUGAUGUGAAUCUGUGGGGUUUGAUUGAAGUCACACAAACAUUUCUUCCACUGGUGAAGAAGGCUGAAGGACGAGUAGUGAACGUGGGAAGCGUAGCAGGUAUCAUGACUGUUUUCAGUUUUGGUCCCUACUCGGUCACCAAAUAUGGAGUGGAGGCUUUUUCUGAUGCUCUUCGUAGAGAGAUGGUAGAACAUAAUGUCAAAGUGUCAAUCAUCGAGCCUCAGGCAUUCAGAACCCCAUUGGUUAAUGGACUCUGUGGAAAAAAGCUAGAUGAAUUGUGGGAUAGAUUGAGCGACGAGAAGAAAAGCGAGUUUAGUAGUGAUUGCCUUGAAAAAGCUCGCGAGGGUAUCAAGGGUAUUUUUGACAGAGGAUUGAAUGAAAACCCCAAGAUGGUAGUGGACGCCAUCACCGACGCUGUAUCGUCACGUGACCCACAGCCUCGUUACYUGGUCGGACCAUUUGCCAAGGUUUUCGCCUUUUCCUGUUUGCUYCCAACAUGGCUUCAAGAUCAUCUUCUCUCGCUGGCUUGAUUACUGUUGUUUUUUUAAUGUUAUGCUUUCCCACAAUGCAUCAUAGUACAAGAACGUGACACGAACAACUAUGACGUCAUUACAGUAUACUUAACAUUUKGACGUCACUUUGACAUAUUCAUAUAUUAUUAUACGUCAUUAUAGACAUCAUACACAUAUUUUGACGUCAUUCUGCUGAAGCUAUUCUAUAACGUGUGAAUGGCAUCGGAUCGUCGUAUUAUUUUGAUAUUAAAGUAUACAUUAUGACGUAGCACUAUGACAUCAUAUAACACCUUACAUAUCUAUAUCUAUAUACCAAUGAUUAUGAUCAGAAAUAUCAUCAUUAUACCAUUGUAUAUCAUAUCAUUAUAGUUGUAAACUGAGAGCACUGGAAUGCAUAAACUAAAAAAAUGAAAAAUGUUAGUAUUGUACUAUGUUAUGCGAAUUCCUUCUUUGUUUACUGUUGUCUAAUCUUCAUUAUACAGUUAUGUGAAAAGAACGAAGGAUUAACAUCCGAAACGUCAGUAAGUUUUUCCACAUACUUUUUUACGGUGUUAAAUUUAUCUUUUCACAUAACUGUUUCUUUAACAAACACCGACGCAGCUCACACUAGUUUACCGCUAGUUCCCACCAUUUUAAUCUUCAUUAGCUACGGUAUUAUUUGGCCAGAACUUUUUCAUGCUUUUAGUGUUUGCAAUCUACCAUAUAUCGAUGUAUAGAGUGGUAUUCAUAAACCCGUGAAACACACUUUAGCGUAUUUAUCGCUAUUACACUUUGGCUCUUUUGUUUUUUAUUGUCUCUACGCGACUAUUACGAUCUAUUACAAUCUAAUUAUUGCACUUUGUUUCACGCGUUUAUGAAAACCACUCUACUUAAUAUACUUAGCACUAUUACUAUAUAUUAUCUAUCAUGUCAUCAGCUAGCAUUAAAAAUGUCUUGUAUCUGAA